AUGGCUGUUAAUUCAUUUCAACAACAGCAACAACAACCACAAUAUCAACCAACUAUAAUAUCCAGAUCUUCUUCAACUGAAUCACAGAAUACUACUUCAUCUUCAAAUAUUCCAAGAAAAUUAACAUUGAAAUCUAAAUCAAGUUUGAAGAAAUCAUUUUCAAUAUCUAGUAUAAAAUCAAAUCAUUCAAUUAAUCAUCAUCCAUUAAAUGAAACAAUAGAAUAUGAAAGUUCCGAUUCCGAUGAAGAUAGUGAAGAUAAUUAUUAUGAAGAUGAAAAUUGUGAUGAUGUAUCAUUUAGUUCCAAUUCAUCAUUAAAUUCAAAUAAACAAGGUUAUUUAAAUUCUCCUUUGAAUUAUACAUAUCAUUCUACUUCGCCAUAUUCAACUAGUUCAUUCUCAUCAUAUAAUUCAUCAUAUAAUUCAUCAUAUAAUUCAUCUCAAUCUUUAGUUAAAUAUCCAUCAAUUGCUUCAACUACUUCAACUACAACUUGUUGUACUCCAAUAAAUACUACUUCAUGUAAAUUUAAAAAUUCAUUAAAUACUGAAGUUUUUAUCGCUUCUAAAUUUUUUGUACAGCCAAAAACAUCAAUUUAUUCAAUUUUCAAAAAGAAAGUACUUACUCAUUUUAGUAAUGAUACAAUAAGGCUAACAGAUGAAAAAAUACCGACAUUUGAAGAAAAAGAAUUAUUCACAUUUAAUCAAUCUCAACCCCAAAUUACCUCCGAAUUUCAAGGUAAAUCUAAUUUUAAAAAUCGUGAAAAUCGUAUAAAUUCUCAAUUUUUAAGAUUAUAUGCACACGAUUAUAAUGCAAGAUUAGUGUCAUUCACUUUACCCAAUUCAUUUAAUCAAGAAGAUUUAGUAAAGAUUAUUCAGUUGAAUCAAAACUUGAAAAAAUUUCAUUAUCAACAUAAUAUAUAUAAGAUUUCAAAUUUUUCAAGAGAUAAAUUAUGGAAUAGUGUGGUUUUAUCACCUAGAUUAGAUGAACAUCCAAAGGAGAAUAUAAAUUGGGAAAAUUAUAUUAAAUUGGAAGAAGAUUCAACAAGUAAUAAUAAUAACAGUUUAAUAAGAAAGAGUAAUUAUUUACCUUGGGAUCUUAAUAAACGGUCAUUUAGACCUGCUGGUGUAUUACCUAAUGGUAAAAGUUUUUAUAAUAAUAAGGCACCUAAUUCUGGUAUUACAAGAACUCAAUUUACUGUUAAAGGUUGGUGUAAUUCAAGAUGGGUUGCAAAAGAUGGAAAUGAUUUAUGA